GAAUCCAGCAAAUUCGCAACGUUUGCGGUAGUUCGCGGCAGUUCGCGGUGUGUUUAUGUGAUAUUGUAAAUAGAUUAUUUAUCGCGCGUAACAACACUUAAGGCGUAUGGAAAAAUGGCAUUUACAUUUGGGACUCCAUCGGUCACCUCUGCCAACACAGGUUUCGGAUUUGGAGCACAAAAGCCAGCAACAACCUUUGGUUUGGGCAAUACGUCGUUCGCCACCCCUACUACAACGACUGGCACGUUAACGUUUGGCACUUUGUCUACUCCAACAACUUCCAUAGGUCUUAAUUUUGGAUUUGGUACUCCAGCAACUUCUACGCCAGCACAAUGCAGCAGUCUGCUUCUAGGAUCGACUACAGCUACCACGAUGACUACUGCUCCCAGUUUAUUUCCCACCCCUACCACAUCCGCGCCCUUAUUCACGAGCCUCAGUUUCGGCACACCAGCUACAACGAACACUCUGACGUUUGGCGCUACAUCAAAUACAACAGCAACGGGAAGUUUAACUUUCGGUACAGCCACUACCAACACUCCCUUAUUUGGUUCCGGAACUGGAAGCACUUUAUUGGGUGCUAAACCGACGACUGUUCUCACUACUACAACUAGUACCACUAAAGGACUUGGCGGCUUAGAUGUUUCCGUCAAUAAUAAAGGUCUCUCUCAAGGAAAUAGUAGUUCAACAGCUGCUAAGGAGAAUUUAUUACCAAACGAGCUUAUGCAAACCAUAGAUAAAUUCAAGGAUUUUGUAAAGAUGCAGAAAGGCUUGUCUUCCGACAUUGCGAGAGGUUCGGCGAGACCAUUGAAUCGAUGCGCGGAAGAUACGGCAUCUCUAAUGGAAAUUUUGUCCACUUUGUCCGGCUCAGUGCAAAGAGAUCGUUCUUCGGCCGAUAAGUUGAAACAGGAUACGGCGAAGGCAUUGCAAAGUGCUGAAAUAGCUCAAAGAACACACGAUACUCCGCCGGGCUUGCAAUAUGAAAAUAAUGCACCUCUGAAAUUCUUCAUGGAGUUAGCCGAGAGCUUCGAACAAGAUUUGAUGUUAUUCAGAUCACAAAUCGAGACAACGGAGAAGCAUAUACAAGCUAUGAUGGCGCCGAGAACAUUAACUCCGCAGGAAUUGACAGCGACCAUGAGUAAGCUUCACGAAUCUUUAGUUGCGGUCGCUGGUCGACUACAAAGUGUCCAUGCUAAAGUACAACAACAAAAGGAACAAUAUCUCAAUUUUAGGAAAUACGUGUUGAAGGAUAAUACCAAUGUUUUCGACGGUAUUAAAGUGAAUAAUAAAUCUAAUCAAAGCAGCAUCGGCAGGAUCACGAGCGGUCCCACGCCUUUUGGGCCAGGAAAUAAAAACUUUUUGUCAUCGACAACAUUAAACUCGACCCGACCGGCGAGUUACGAAACACGAAAUCCUUUAGUUUGGGAAAGUUCGACACCAAUACCGUCUGCUACUAGCAUUGCUAUAGGCUCAUCCAUGAAACCGCCGACAGCAAGUUUAAAUUUUAACGCGCCAAUUAAUUUGACCGCACCAUUACCAGUAAACGGAACCAGCUCAAACUUUCAACUUCAAAAACCUCCCGUUGGUAAUAAACGGGGGAAACACUGAUUAGUCAUCUCAAACUAUUUUCAUACUACGAAUUGUUUAUCUUCAACACACGUUGUAAAGUCUCCUCCAUUGUUAGCAUUAAUAACGAUGUUAAAAACAAAUGUUUGAAAAGUAUUUUUAUAUUGAUCAUUAUUAC